AUGAUUGUCAAACCCCCACAAUCACCUACGGAUGAUCACUGUCACCAGCAAGCUGUGUCCAGGGCACGCUAUGUGUCGACAGGUGCCUUGGCUUUCAUCAUGGUUGUGGUUAGCACCGGGCCCGACUAUCACAACACAGGCAGCACCCGAAGCUGCCGAACCGACGCAAGCAUGUGUAUUGGCCAUGCUCUGCUCACUCCAAUUGUCGUCCUGUCGCACAACGCAGGCAAGGUAGCACAUGACCUGCAUUCGAGCCGGAAGUCUCUAAGUUUUCGGUGUAGGAUCGACGUAUAUUGUGACACGUAUCUUAGCAGGGUGGCCAUGGUUUGUGUGGACCCAGCUUCGAACUGUGUAACCGCGGGCAAUGGGUUUAGAGCCUCUAUCGACGUCAUCCUGUAG